AUGAUCACCACAAGGCUUGCGCGCAUGGGUGCGCUGCUCUUCCGGACUCGGGGCAUGGCCACCGUCGCCGACCUCGACAAGAAGGUCGAGAUGUGCAAUCUCGAGAAGGGCAACUACAUCAACUACAAGUAUGCAACGUCUUUUGGUCGAUUGAGUCUCGGAGUUCCGCCCUUUGGCUUGCUCCAAAAGAUGUCCGAGAAUCUGGACGUUGUUCGCCGUCGCCUGACCCGUCCUCUCACAUACGCCGAGAAGAUCCUGUACUCUCACCUUGACGACCCCCAGAACCAGGAGAUCGAGCGUGGCAAGUCCUACCUCAAACUCCGCCCCGACCGUGUUGCUUGCCAGGAUGCCACCGCUCAGAUGGCCAUCCUGCAGUUCAUGUCUGCUGGCAUGCCCUCCGUCGCUACCCCCACCACUGUCCACUGUGACCACUUGAUUGAGGCUCAGCUCGGUGGUGAGAAGGAUCUUGCCCGCGCCAACGAGAUUAACAAGGAGGUCUACGACUUCCUUGCCUCCUCCACUGCCAAGUACAACAUCGGUUUCUGGAAGCCUGGCUCUGGUAUCAUUCACCAGAUUAUCCUCGAGAACUACGCUUUCCCCGGUGGUCUGAUGAUCGGUACCGACUCUCACACUCCUAACGCUGGUGGUCUCGCUAUUGCUGCCAUUGGUGUUGGUGGUGCCGAUGCUGUCGAUGUCAUGGCUGGCCUUCCUUGGGAGUUGAAGGCUCCUAAGGUCAUCGGUGUUAAGCUCACCGGUGAGAUGUCCGGCUGGACCGCUCCUAAGGAUAUCAUCCUCAAGGUCGCUGGUCUCCUUACUGUCAAGGGUGGUACUGGUGCCAUCAUUGAAUACCACGGUCCUGGUGUCAACUCCCUGUCUGCCACCGGUAUGGCCACCAUCUGUAACAUGGGUGCUGAAAUUGGUGCCACCACCUCCCUCUUCCCCUUCAACGACCGCAUGUACGACUACCUGAAGGCCACCAAGCGUCAGCAGAUCGGUGACUUCGCCCGCUCCUACGCCAAGGACCUCCGCGAGGAUGAGGGUGCUGAGUACGACCAGCUGAUCGAGAUCAACCUGUCCGAGCUCGAGCCUCACAUCAACGGACCCUUCACCCCUGACUUGGCCACCCCUAUCUCCCAGUUCAAGGAGGCUGUCAAGGCCAACGGCUGGCCUGAGGAGCUCAAGGUCGGUCUCAUCGGAUCUUGCACUAACUCCUCUUACGAGGAUAUGUCCCGUGCUGCUUCUAUCGCCCAGGACGCUCUCGACCACGGACUCAAAUCCAAGUCUAUCUUCACCGUUACCCCCGGUUCCGAGCAGAUCCGCGCUACUAUUGAGCGUGACGGUCAGCUCAAGACCCUCGAGGAGUUCGGUGGUGUCAUCCUUGCCAACGCCUGCGGUCCUUGCAUUGGUCAGUGGGAUCGCCAGGACGUCAAGAAGGGUACCGCCAACUCCAUUGUCUCUUCUUACAACCGUAACUUCACCGGUCGUAACGAUGCUAACCCUGCUACUCACGCCUUCGUCACUUCCCCCGACCUUGUCGUUGCCCUGAGCAUUGCUGGUACCCUCAACUUCAACCCUCUCACCGACACCCUCAAGGACAAGGACGGCAAGGAGUUCAAGCUCAAGGCCCCCACCGGUGACGGUCUCCCCAACCGUGGCUACGACCCCGGUCGUGACACCUACCAGGCUCCUCCUGCCGACCGCAGCAGCGUCGACGUUGCCGUUUCCCCCUCCAGUGACCGCCUGCAGCUCCUUGCUGGCUUCCAGGCCUGGGACGGCAAGGAUGCCACCGACAUCCCCAUCCUCAUCAAGUGCCAGGGCAAGACCACUACUGACCACAUCUCCAUGGCUGGCCCAUGGCUCAAGUACCGUGGGCACCUUGACAACAUCUCCAACAACAUGCUGAUCGGCGCCACCAACGCUGAGAACGGCGAGGCCAACAAGAUCAGGAACGUCUUCACCGGCGAGUACGAUGCUGUCCCUGCUACCGCUCGUGACUACAAGGCUCGUGGUAUCAAGUGGGUUGUUAUCGGUGACUGGAACUACGGUGAGGGUAGCUCUCGUGAGCACGCCGCUCUUGAGCCCCGCCACCUUGGUGGUCUCGCCAUCAUCACCCGCAGCUUCGCCCGUAUCCACGAAACCAACCUCAAGAAGCAGGGUAUGCUUCCUCUCACCUUCUCCGACCCCGCCGACUACGACCGCAUUCCCCACGAUGCUAAGGUCGACCUCCUUUGCACUGAGCUUGCCGUCGACAAGCCCAUGACUCUCCGUGUUCACCCCAAGGAUGGUGCCGCCUUCGACGUCAAGCUCAGCCACACCUUCAACGAGUCCCAGAUCGAGUGGUUCAAGGACGGCUCCGCCCUCAACACCAUGGCCCGCAAGGCCGGCAACUAA